AUGACAACAUCAGCUGAUGAAGGAGCAAAGAUGAAGCCGACGUGUUGGACAGGGGAGGGGCGUGAGGAGACUGAGCACAAUGUCCACAGACUCACAGGGAAGGUGAGGGAAUGGGAAUUCACCCAGGGUCUGGAGGUCAGCAACAUUCCCUGGUGGAACAACGCAACGGAAUUUUCCCGGUGGAGAGUCCCGUCAUGUUUCCUGUUCGUUGGUGAUAUUACUGUAAACAGGAAGGGCUCUUUUCGUUAACGUGUCCGCCCUUGGUGGAGUCGCUGAAUCCGGACGACAGCAAAGGCAGAAUGAAUGUAGUCUCACUGUAAAAUUCUUUAUUGGUUCCUGCUUCACUUGAUCUCCCUCCCCGAGUUCGCACAUUGAGCAGCCGCAAGCCAAAGUGAAAGUACAAGCAGGAAAAGUCUUGGAUCCCCGCGGGCUAAAGCGCAGUCAGCACACCAGCACCGAUCACUGGGUUUACACAACGACAAACAUGGGAAGCGAUUUUUCAAAGGAGGACUGUUUUCACUUCCCAAUCAUAGACGAGCGGAAUCUGAGCACGUUGAGGAACUACUUGUGUAAGAACAACCCUCCUGAGGGCUGUGGAAGCUGUAUAAACAUCCUGCUGUUCGGCUUGGUGGGGGCUGGGAAAUCAUCGAUCAUCAAUACAUUCCUCUCCGCUCUGGAUCCACAAGGAACGACCGUAACCUGUGUCCCGACAGGAAACAAUCCCGGGUCUCUCACACCAGAGCUCAGGUGCUACAGAGAAGGGAGUUUAAAGUUUUGGGAUUCAACUGGAUGGAAUGUUCUGGAGAACACUGAUCGGACAAAAAAAGUGUUACAGAUGAUCCUGGAAGGGAGAGUUCCAAGAGAAACAAAUUUACACAGUUUCAAUCCUGACUCGGAUGUUUCCAACUAUCCUGUUAUUCCGGAAAAUGUAAUUCAUGGAGUUGCAUUCAUAUUUAACAUUGACAUCAUAGACAAUAUCAAGAAGGAAGAAAUGAGCCUGUUUAAGGAGGUACAGACAAUCGUGGCACAGAAAUAUAUUUACAGGGUUGUGAUUGGGACCAAAUUUGAACGAUUAGGGAUAAAAGAGAAAGACCAUAAGAGAAUUUAUGAAUACAAGCCACUGCAGCACAAGUUUAUGAUGUUGUCAGACUUGACUGGGAUGGAGAAGCGUUCCAUGUUUGUGGUUUCAAAUCAAUGGAGAGGUGAUCAGAUCGAGAUGAUCAAAUGCAUCCUUGCUCUGUACAUUCUGGAGAAUAUGAUCAGAAACAUCAACAAGUUUCUCAAAGUGACGAAGUAAUGGCUACACCUGAUCUUGUACAGAAUUGUUGAACUGAUCCUGUUUCAGGAGCACCGUCAAUGUUUUAGCCUGAUUUAGAAGCUGUUAUCUGUAAACCUGCUGUAUGAAGGAGACUGAAAGCUGAGAUUUUUCAAUUAUAGAGAUAGAAAUUUUCAAAACAUCACACAAAUUCCCUGACUCCAAAAUAAAGACAGUUUGAAAUCAGGUUUACUGUCAUUGAUUAAUAUGACCUGAAAUUUAUUGUUUUGAAGUAGCAGUGGAAUGCAAAGAUGUAAAGUUACUAUAAAUGAUACAGUACUACAGCUCAGAAACAGGCCCUUCUGCCCAUCUAGUCUGUGCUGAAUGGUUAUUUGCUGACCCACUUUACCACAUUAUGAAUGGUUAAUACAGUUAAUAUACUGUAGAUGACAAACAAUAAUCGACCCUACACUGAUCCCUACAGUACACCACCAGUCACAGGCCUCCUGCCAGGAAAGCGACCAUUUAACACAAUUGUCUGUCUUCUCCCUCUAACUAAUGUUGAAUCCAAUUUACUACUGAAUGCCAAGCAACUGAACCUUCUGGACCAGCCUCCCAUGCAGGACUUUAUCAAAGGCCUUGCUAAAGUCCAUGUGGACUGUUCAUGAUCACUGCCUUUCCUUGUAACCUCCCUGAAAAACUCUGUAAUAUUUGUGAGAAAUGACUCGCAACACAAUAAGCCUUGUUGACAAACCCUAAUCAGGCCCUGUCUGUCCAAAUACUUAAAUAUCUUGUUAAUUAGAAUGGCUUCCAAUAACUUAUCUUGGCAUCAAGCUUAUUGGCCUAUAAUUUCCCAUCUUAUUGUUAGAUUAAAUUACAAAAAUAGAUCAAGUGCAAAAUAAAAGCAAUAAGGUAGUGUUCAUGGACAUUCAGAAAUCUGAUGGCAGAGCAGAAGCUGUUCCUGAAGUUAAAUAAGCAGUGCCAAGAGAGAAGCAAAGUAGUGAGGUGAUGUCAUGGGUCUAUUCAAUGUCAAUAUCUGCGGUAAACUAUGCAUACCUGUCUGGACACACCCCUCUGCUGACUGCUCCUGUGGCUCCUCCCACUGACCCCUGUAUAAAGGCAAUUGGGGCACUGCUCCUCCCUCAGUCUCCGACAUGUAGUGCUCCCUUUUCGCUGCUAAUAAAAGCCUAUUGUUCUC